ACACCGACAGCGCCGCAUUGUUGUUGCUCGCCGUUCUUUUCACUUUCGUUGCUAUUAUUUACCAAUCCGAGUGUUUAAUUAUCGCCUGCGAUUUUGUGCCAUUGAUUCGUAGUCCGCAAAAUGAUGAAAAUUGGCGGAAUAACUAUAAGUAAAGGCAGCAGAUAAUAAUAGACGCCCAGCAGGGGCUGCUCUACGUGUGCGUGUGCGUGUUUAUACGCGUGUUUGCUUCUGUGUGUGUGUUUGCGUGUGUGAGCUUGUGUGUUUUUGCAAAACCGGAAAAGCAAAAACUUCACAGAUACGAAACGCCGAAUGUAGAUACAGUAGUUGUAGAUGCGGAUGCGGAUUUUGUUCCUGCAUACAGAAUGCAUCUCCUGCGGCUAUUGCUGGCCUCGUUGCUUGGCGGCUUUGCCUUAGGUGCCAAUAUACUGGCGGUUUUUCCCAGUGUAUGGAAAUCGCAUUAUCUUUUCGGGCGGAGCUUGCUGCAGGAACUGGUGGAGAGUCGUUCCGGAAAUCACUCCGUGACCUUGAUCAGUCCACAUGCUGUGGAAGAUGCGGAAAUCCCAAGGAUCAGGGAGCUGCGGAUUGAGGGUCUGCGUGAGAACUGGCUGGACAUGGGCAUGAGCUUCCAGGCGGAGGAGAUGCGCUCCCAGAGCGUAAUGGAGCGCUUCACCAGAUUGAUUUAUGCGGGCACCACCAAUGUGGAUAUCCUGCUGUCUGAUGGUCAGGUGAGAAAACUCCUGACCAGCGGCGAGAAAUUUGAUUUACUCAUAGUGGACCUGUUUCUGAGCGAUGCUCUGCUAGGCUUGGCCUUCUACUAUGGCAUACCCACCGUUGCUAUCAGUCCCACCGGCGCCAAUUCCUGGCUUAACAAUAUGUUUGGCAAUCCCCAGUCCUCGUCCCUGGAUCCUAGCAACUUUUUGCCCUUCACGGAGAGGAUGAACACCAAGCAGAGGAUUGUAAACUCUUUGAUGAGCACCUUUGAGCGGCUGACCUACAACUUUUUUCACCUGAUCUCCCAGCAAUCGGUGUAUACUAAUCAUUUUGAGCUGCUCGUUAAGGAGCUGCCUUUGUAUAGAGAUCUGACCAAGAAUCUAAGCUUGGCCUUGAUCAACUCCCAUCCGGGUUUGCAUUAUCCCAGGGCCUAUUUACCCAAUAUGGUGGAGGUGGGGGGCUUGCAUUUAACCCCUAAGAAUGAACUUCAGUUGCCAAAUCACUUAGUGUCCUUCAUGGAGACUGCCACCAGUGGAGUUAUCUACUUUAGCCUGGGUGCCGAUGUCCAGACAGCUCAGUUGCCACCAGAAAAGCUUUCCAUCUUGCUUGAUGUCUUUGGUCACCUCACCGAGUUCCAUUUCUUGUUAAAAUGGGAAACUGAGGAGUUUCCAGCGGAGUUAACCCUCCCCGAGAAUGUAAUGAUUGCCGACUGGUGGCCACAGCAGGCCAUACUGCGCCAUCAGCAGGUGAAGAUGUUCAUCAGUAGCUGCGGGCAAUUGAGCGUCUGGGAAUCGGUUGCAGGACAAAAGCCCAUACUUGCCAUACCCAUACUAGCCGAGCAGGAGGUGAUGGCCCAGAGACUGAUGCAACAUGGUGUUUCCCUGACAGUUAACUAUGAUGUCAUAGCCUAUGAUGCCCUGCUCCAUGGGAUCAGGCAACUCACUCUAAACACUAGCUAUGUGGAGAAAAUGGUUCAGCUAAAUGAGAGAUUGAUAAGCAAGGACUCUGCCGGGCCAGCCAACAAGGCUGUGCGUAAGAUACAGUUGAUUCUGGAUUCGGGAGGAGCAGAUUUCCUUAAAUCCCAUGCAAAUACCCUAAACUUUUGGCGAGCCGAAGGCGUGGAUGUUUUGCUAAUCAUAGCUCUGGGUUUUUGUGGAAUUCUAGCCAUACCCUUUUUGGCCAUUUGUUGCAUUUUGAGGAAAUCCUAUUACAGCCAGGCGGCGCAAGAACAUCCACCCUACAGGACUAACCUCAAGGUGGUUGGCCGGGUUCAUAGCUAUGGUGAGCAGGGCAGCGGCAAGCCACCCAAGGGAGCAGAGUCCCUAAGAAGAACACGCUCGGCACAGUCCUUGUCUAAUAGGUCUAGCACCUCGAGCAUGAGCUCCACCACCAGCCCUUCGUCAGCGUCUACAACGCCACUGGAUCUGACUCCUCCCCCACCGCCGAUUCCCUUGCUGGGCCAGGUGCCGCCGCUGCAGUUGUAUGUGAAUCAGCAGCGGUUAUACUCAAGCGAACGAAAGACAUCACGAUAAAGUAAAGCAGAACGAUAUAUACAUAUAUAUAUUUCCCUAGGAAACUUAUAAUUAUAUAUAUAAGUUUGGGAUUAAAGUCCCAAGUCCAAACUAAGACACAUCCUGAACUUAACGUAUGCUGAGAAAUAACCUUUAGUGUUAAGUGUGAUUUUUUGUUAACAAUUGUGUAUAAUUGUGAAAAGUUUUGUGGUUUUUUAUUUGCUUAAGUUGUAUAUCUUAUAAAUUGUACAUAGUUUUUUAA